GGCGGUGUGUGCCAGUGUUGGUCGACCCGAGCCGGGGCCACGGGACGCACGGGAGCCCUGAGUUCGGUGCGUCCUGGACUGGGCAGGAGCACGGGUCCGGUUCGCUUUUCCUUUGCCUGACUAGGCUGCGAGGAGGGCACGGGACCCGGAUCCCUGGCCACAGAGGAACAGCUGGCCGGGACCGGGGGACGCCGGCGCUGACCAUCGGCCCGCCGUCAUGGCCGACCACCUGAUGCUCGCCGAGGGCUACCACCUGGUGCAGAGACCGCCGCCCGCCGCGCCCGCCCAUGGCCCUCACGUGCUCCGGCCGCUGCAGCCGUACGCGGGCCCGGGCCCGGACAGCGGGUUGCGGCCGCGGGGGGCUCCGCUGGGCCCGCCGCCGCCCCCACCCGGGGCCCUGGCGUACGGGGCUUUCGGACCGCCGUCCGCCUUCCAGCCCUUUCCGGCUGUGCCGCCGCCGGCCGCCGGCAGUGCGCACCUGCAGCCCGUGGCGAUGCUGUACCCGGGCCGCGCGACUGCGCCCCCCGGCGUCCCGGGAGGCCCCCCGAGCCUGCAGCCGGCGCCCGGCGCCUCGGCCCCGCCGCCGCCGCCCGCCGUACACGCCCUGGGCGGCAUGGACGCCGAGCUCAUCGACGAGGAGGUGCUGACGUCGCUGGAGCUGGAGCUCGGGCUGCACCGCGUGCGCGAGCUGCCCGAGCUCUUCCUGGGCCAGAGCGAGUUCGACUGCUUCUCGGACUUGGGGUCGGCGCCGCCCGCCGGCUCGGUGAGCUGCUGA